CGGGCGGAGGAGGCGGCGCGGCGGCGGCGGCUCGGACCCCUCCCCGGACCCAUCAGAGCGGCUCUCCGGGCGAUGCCGGAAUAGAUGCAGGGCCAUGUCCCGCCGCAAACAGGGCAACCCGCAGCACUUGUCCCAGAGGGAGCUCAUCACUCCAGAGGCUGACCAUGUGGAAACGGCCAUUCUCGAUGAAGACGAGGGUCUGGAGAUAGAGGAGCCCAGCGGCCUGGGGCUGAUGGUGGGUGGCCCCGACCCUGACCUGCUCACCUGUGGCCAGUGUCAGAUGAACUUCCCCUUGGGGGACAUCCUGGUUUUUAUAGAGCACAAGAAGAAGCAGUGUGGUGGCAGCCUGGGUGUCUGCUACGACAAAGGCCUGGACAAGGGCAGCCCGCCACCUUCCUCCCGCGCCGAGCUCAGGAAAGUCUCUGAGCCCGUAGAGAUUGGGAUCCAGGUGACUCCCGAUGAAGAUGAACACCUGCUCUCACCCACGAAAGGCAUCUGCCCCAAGCAGGAGAAUAUUACAGGGCCGUGCAGGCCUGCCCAGCUGCCAGCGAUGGCCCCCAUAGCUGCCUCCUCCUCCCACCCUCACACAUCUGUGAUUACUUCACCUCUGCGUGCCCUGGGCGCUCUCCCGCCCUGCUUCCCGCUGCCCUGCUGCAGCGCGCGCCCCCUGUCGGGCGACGGGACUCAGGGUGAGGGUCAGACGGAGGGUCCCUUUGGAUGCCAGUGUCAGUUGUCAGGUAAAGAUGAGCCUUCCAGCUACAUUUGCACAACCUGCAAGCAGCCCUUCAACAGCGCGUGGUUCCUGCUGCAGCACGCGCAGAACACGCACGGCUUCCGCAUCUACCUGGAGCCGGGGCCGGCCAGCAGCUCGCUCACGCCGCGGCUCACCAUCCCGCCGCCCCUGGGGCCCGAGGCCGUGGCCCAGUCCCCGCUCAUGAAUUUCCUGGGCGACAGCAACCCCUUCAACCUGCUGCGCAUGACGGGCCCCAUCCUGCGGGAGCACCCGGGCUUCGGGGAGGGCCGCCUGCCCGGCACGCCGCCCCUCUUCAGCCCGCCGCCGCGCCACCACCUGGACCCGCACCGCCUGAGCGCCGAGGAGAUGGGGCUCGUCGCCCAGCACCCCAGUGCCUUCGACCGAGUCAUGCGCCUCAACCCCAUGGCCAUGGACUCGCCGGCCAUGGACUUCUCCAGGCGGCUCCGCGAGCUGGCCGGCAACAGCUCCACGCCGCCGCCCGUGUCGCCGGGCCGCGGCAACCCUAUGCACCGGCUCCUGAACCCCUUCCAGCCCAGCCCCAAGUCCCCGUUCCUGAGCACGCCGCCGCUGCCCGCCAUGCCCCCGGGCGCCGGCACGCCGCCGCCGCAGCCGCCCGCCAAGAGCAAGUCGUGCGAGUUCUGCGGCAAGACGUUCAAGUUCCAGAGCAACCUCAUCGUGCACCGGCGCAGCCACACGGGCGAGAAGCCCUACAAGUGCCAGCUGUGCGACCACGCGUGCUCGCAGGCCAGCAAGCUCAAGCGCCACAUGAAGACGCACAUGCACAAGGCCGGCUCGCUGGCCGGCCGCUCGGACGACGGGCUGUCGGCCGCCAGCUCCCCGGAGCCGGGCACCAGCGAGCUGGCGGCCGAGGGCCUCAAGGCGGCCGACGGCGACUUCCGCCACCACCACCACCACCCGCACGAGAGCGACCCGUCGCUGGGCGCCGAGCCCGAGGAGGAGGACGAGGAGGAGGACGAGGAGGAGGAGGAGCUGCUGCUGGAGAACGAGAGCCGCCCCGAGUCCAGCUUCAGCAUGGACUCGGAGCUGAGCCGCAACCGGGAGAACGGCGGCGGCGGCGGCGGCGUGGUCGGCGGGGGUGGCGGCGGCGGCGUGGCCGGGGUGCCCGGGGGCGCGGGCGGCGUCGGGGCGGCGGUGAAGGCGCUGGCUGACGAGAAGGCGCUGGUGCUGGGCAAGGUCAUGGAGAACGUGGGGCUGGGCGCGCUGCCGCCCUACGGCGACCUGCUGGCGGCCGACAAGCAGAAGCGCGGCGCCUUCCUGAAGCGCACGGCGGGCGGCGGCGGCGGGGACGCGGGCGACGACGACGACCUGGAUGACGACGGCGCGGGCGGCUGCGGCGCGGUGGGCGACGCGGGCGCGGCGGGCAGCGUGGUGGGCGGCGGCGCGGUGAACGGGCGCGGCGGGGGCGGCGGCGGCCUGGGCGGCUUCGGGCCCGGCGCCGACCCCUUCCCCGGGCUCUUCCCGCGCAAGCCCGCGCCGCUGCCCAGCCCCGGGCUCAACAGCGCGGCCAAGCGCAUCAAGGUGGAGAAGGACCUGGAGCUGCCGCCCGCCGCGCUCAUCCCGUCCGAGAACGUGUACUCGCAGUGGCUGGUGGGCUACGCGGCCUCGCGGCACUUCAUGAAGGACCCCUUCCUGGGCUUCACGGACGCGCGCCAGUCGCCCUUCGCCACGUCGUCCGAGCACUCGUCGGAGAACGGCAGCCUGCGCUUCUCCACGCCGCCCGGGGACCUGCUGGACGGCGGGCUGUCCGGGCGCAGCGGGACGGCCAGCGGGGGCAGCACGCCGCACCUGGGCGGGCCCGGGCCCGGCCGGCCCAGCUCCAAGGAGGGCCGGCGCAGCGACACGUGCGAGUACUGCGGCAAGGUGUUCAAGAACUGCAGCAACCUCACGGUGCACCGGCGGAGCCACACCGGCGAGCGGCCUUACAAGUGCGAGCUGUGCAACUACGCGUGCGCGCAGAGCAGCAAGCUCACGCGCCACAUGAAGACGCACGGGCAGAUCGGCAAGGAGGUGUACCGCUGCGACAUCUGCCAGAUGCCCUUCAGCGUCUACAGCACCCUGGAGAAACACAUGAAGAAGUGGCACGGCGAGCACUUGCUGACGAACGACGUCAAAAUCGAGCAGGCCGAGAGGAGCUGAGCGCGCGAGGGCGCGCGCGCACACACACACCAGCGCGCAUGCCCGCACGCCAGCACACACGCCAGCGCGCAUGCGCGCAGGGGGGGCGGUGGUCUCCUCCCACAUCCCCCUGUCCACCCCACACCCCAUUUCCCCCUCACACCUCCAGGCUUCCCGCACCUGUACAGUGGAACCAUUGCCAACCGAGAGAAUGCUGACCUGAAUCGCCCCACCCCGCGUCACCGCCGCUGAUCGCCCCUGCUGCGUCACCCCCACCCCGGGGAUGGUGGUGAGGGUUUGGGGGGGUCACCCCCAAGAAGGCGGUGGCACUCCAACCUAACCUGUGUCUGCGAAGUCCUAUGGAAACCCGAAGCCUGAUGAAGGCUGUUUAAAAAAAAAGAAAAAAAAAAAGAAAAAAAAAUUGUGGAGCCUUUUAACUGUGCAAUAAUUUCUGUAUUUAUUGGGUUUUUGUAAGUUUUUGGGCAUGUGCAGGUACUUUUCUUUUUACUUCUUCUUCUUUCUGUUUAAAUUCCUUUCAAAAGAUUUUGUUGGGUAUCCAUCCUUUCUUCAUUUCACAAAACCACAAAAACAAAAAACCCACAAAAAAAAAAAUCUCCACCCAGUAGUCUGAACAAGGACUCAAAAGCAAUGUAGAGGGAAACCUAUCUUUUAAAUUAUAAUUUUUUGUGUGGGGGGGCCGCUGCUUUUUUGAAACUUAAGCUAAGCAUGUGUAAUUUCUUGUGAAGAAGCCAACACUUAAAUGACUUUUAAAGUUGUUUACUUUUUUUUUUUUAAAUUCCUUCCUUGAUGAUUUUUGUUUUGAAAUUUAAAAAGUGGCAUGUGUUUGGGGAGGGGGGACUUUUUUUUAAGUUUGUUUUUAUUGGGGAGGGGGUGGAUGUACAGCGGAUAACAAUCUUUACAAUCGUAGCACUUUGUGUCCGAAGCGGAAUGGAGAUGUAGCACUGAGCGGGGGGCCCUGGUCCCCGAGGCCUUUUUCUGUAUUGACUUCAAGUUAUAGAAGGGAAACCUGGGAGUGGGGGGUGAGCUAGGGAAGGGACCCCCCCCCCCCCAACUAACUAACUCAGUAUCCAGAGAGAAGCCCAGCUUCCAGGCUGCCCCCAAAAGGGCCCUGGAUGGAACAUGGCGCCACUCCUGGUAGUUACCAGCAGGUCCUCACCCGGUCCCUGGGCCUGGGCUGGGCCCCGGGGAGAUGCGCUCGGCCCUCUGCUGUGGAAUCGGCUGCGUGGAACGGGCCGGGCCGAUGGGUGGUCCGUGGCCCGCAGUGACACAGAAAGGAAGAAACCGGUGGACUUGGCGCAGGCGUCCUCUGACUUGACAGCUCCAGGCCCAGGUUCGUGUUGCUCCAAGCGGUACUCGAUCCCGGAGCGGACGCGCCCAGCGCCCUGAUGGUGGAUCCCGACGGCACGACCGGGCAGGACGGGGCGCCUGCCUCCUCCUGUUCCCCUCUUCCUAGCCAGCAGGGGAAGACCCCAGCCGAAGGGGCCCAGCGCUACUUCCCCCUUUGUUUUUGUUUUUGUGUUUCAUCUCCGAUUAGGUUGGAAGGGACGAAACAUUGGAUCAUUCAGAUUAGACAUUUAAUUCUGUUGACCCGCACUUUAAAGCUUUUGUUUGCAUUUAAAUUAAAUGGCUUCUAAACAAGAAAUUGCAGCAUAUUCUUUCUCUUUGGCCCAGAGGUGGGUUCAACUGCAAGGGACAGCUGAGAUUGAGUGUCAGUGUUGCUAAGCGUGGCAUUCACAAUGCUGGCACUAUAAAAAAAAAGUAAAAUGAUAAUUUAUUGGACAGUUUUUCUACUGCCAUUCAAUUUGACAUGAGUGCCUUGAAAACUGAUCUUCCUAUUUGAGUCUCUUGAGACAAAUGCAAAACUUGUUUUUCUUUUUUCCCUUUUUUUUUUUUUUUGUGGAAAUGAAAGACUUUUUAAAAAAAAUAAUACAAGAAAAAUACAUUCUUUAGAAACAAAGCCACCUUUAAUUAAAAAUAAUUUUUAAAAAUUCCUGGUUGAAGAUAGAGGACUUGUAAAUGCCAUGAGACCCAAUCAAAUGAAGAAACAAACCCAACACAACCGUGGACAUCCGAUAGCUGGACUUUCCUCAGCCCCUUUUGUUUUGGGACAACGCUGCUUAGGUGUGGAGUGGAGGUGAUUUUUACUGCUGAUUUAAAACUCAAGUGACACAUGUUGAUAUUGUUGAAUGAAAAAAACCAUUCAGGAACAACGGCUAAUUUUUUUCUAAAGUUAAAUUUAGUGCACUCUGUCUUAAAAAUACGUUUACAGUAUUGGAUACAUACAAGGGUAAAAAAAUAAUUGUGUGUAUGUGUGUUGGAGCGAUAAUUUUUUUUCAAAGUUUGCUUCAUAGGUUAUUAAAAAAAUGCCGCAAUGGCUGCGUGUAUAUUGUUUUCUUUUGGUGAUGGGGUUUUAGUAUAUAUUAUAUAUAUUAAAAUUUCUUGAUUACUGUAAAAGUGGACCAGUAUUUGUAAUAAUCGAGAAUGCCUGGGCAUUUUACAAAACAAGAAAAAAAAACA